AUGAAAGCCUUCACUCAUCUCGUUCUUCUCGCUCUCCCUUUUGUAAUCUUGGGUACCUGGAGUCCUUGCCAAGAUAAUCCCUGUGCAAAGGACUCUGCAUGUGUUAAGCUGUAUGAUACCCAUUUCUGCCUGUGUUCAGAAGGGUAUUACUAUCACUCUUCUGCGUGUUUGAAAGGAAAGACAUUCCCUGGGAAGAUUGCAAUAAAAGUAUCAGAAACAGUUGGCUUGGAAGACCAAACUUCUCUGGCCUAUCAAGGCUUGUAUACUGAAAUUGUUGACUUUUUUAUUAAUAUACUUGGCACAUCUUAUGGGCAGACUGUAAUUCUUGAUGUAAGCGCAUCUCCUUCUUCAUCAGCAAGAUCUGAAGUGCGUGCUGGUGACGAGGUUGUUACUGUAACAGUAAUGAACAUUUUGACACUAGAUACAAAUGGAACUCAGGAGACUGUGUCUGCUUUAAUUAAAAGUGCAAUUAAUGGCACAAAUAUUACAGAUUAUAUUUUGCAAGAUCGGUGUGAUUAUUAUGGUUGUGUAGAGGCUGAAGAUGACUGCGUCGACAGUUUAGCAUGCACAUGCAAAGACGGGUGGGAAAGAAUUAACCCACAAGUUGCUUUCUGUUUUGCCUCCAGUCCAGAAUGUCCUGAAAACUGCAGUGGAGAGCACAGGCAGUGCUUGAUAAAGGAAGAUGAGAGCUCCGAGUGUGCGUGCGAGCCCGGCUACAAGGAGGAUGAUGAUGGGAACUGUCAACCGUGUCCAUUUGGCUACAGUGGACUCAGAUGCCAAGACCAAUUUCAGCUGAUCCUCACCAUCGUGGGCACUAUCGCUGGCGUCCUCAUUCUCAGCAUGGUGAUUGCACUGAUCAUCACAGCAAGAUCAAGGAACAAAGAGAAGAAUAUUGAAGAACAGAACUUGCUUGAGGAAGACUUUCAAAAUCUGAGACUGCGGCCUACAGGUUUCAGCAAUCUAGGAGCACAGGGGAGAAUGUUCCCUAAAAUCAGGGUAGCGGGCUCCAGAGACAGCCUGUCACCAAAUCCCUACGCCCAGGCCGAUAUGCCCCGCCCUGACUAUUAGAAUGGUAAAAAUUUGGACCCCUCCAUGGCCUCCAACCUAACCUACAAGCUGUUAUUUUGAGUGUUCAGAAAGACUGAUGGAGAAGUGAGCCCCAGUGAAGAUGUGGCCUCCUUCAUCUGCAGCCUCUCCAAAUGGAAGCUGUGAAUGUUUGCAACGAGUAUAGCUUGCUUGUUCAAUAAGUAUCUGUGAAAUUGAAAGCGCACAGAUGCUAGUAGCACUUGUAAGAUAGUUGAUUUUCUCCAAUCAGUACAAAGUACUGAGACCACAGUUGGGAUUUUUUUUUCCUGGUAGGGCAACAAUAACCACUUCUGACCUAGAGGGAAGUUCCCCAGCACAUUCACUCCUGGGAGAAUAUUGCUCUUGAGUGGAUAGGCUACAGUAAGUGACAUAACUCUUUGGGGAGACUCAUAUACAUCAACUGUGGAGGUCGCAGGGGAUGAAAAGAGCUACCAUCUUUUCAGGUUCUGGGGUUCACUCUCUGAUGAGUCAAAACAGGAAUAAGUACUUGUGUCCCUCCAAUGCAGCAAUUCUGGCUACGCUUGAUCUGCCUUCACCCCAAGGAGACAGGAAAGAGCCAUGUCCCUCAGCUUUUCCAGAGGGAGUGACUAGGAACCCAGAAACUUUUUGAUGUUAAUUAGAAGACCUAGAUGAGAAAUGUCCACCAUGGGGUGCAUUCUAGAGUUUUCAAAAUGCUAGUAGGUAGAAGGAGCAGAGAGAAAAAAACAUGACCAGGGUAGGAGGAAGAGAAGCAAAGGCAGCUGGGCUGGGAGGAUGAUAAAGGAGGAGGUGGAGGUACCUGGGAUCCACCUCCUUCCUUCGAUCUCCUUCCUUGAUGAGCCAAUGGGUACUUCCUCUAAUCCAUGCCCUUCCCAAGACUGAGUCUAGGAACAAGUGUAGAAACAAAAGCCGCAGGAGUAAGAGCUUUAGGUCACUUUGAAAUUGCAGACAUCCUUUUUGGUUGGGGGUGAAAGAGGGAGCUUGUACUUAGGAGUCCAUAUGUCAGCUUUGUGAUGCGGGUUACAGAGGUACUUCACUGGGGCCUCAGCCUUCCCUGGUGACAGAGGCUAAGCUGUAGCCACAACCCGCCCCCCCCCCCCAACACACACACAUAAGAAUGGGGCAACCACAUCCAGCUCAGGCUUUUUUUUUUUUUUUAAUGUUAAUAGUGUCCUUGUUUAUGUCUAAUGUCUAGUCCUCUUGCAAGUUAUUUUAUUAUUAUUAUUAUUAUUAUUAUUUGUUCUUGACUAUUAAUUGUGAAAGGUAAUGCAAUAAAGUGUCUUUGGUUGA